AGAGAAAUUUAUGUCCUCAAUGUAUGCUCCCUCUUCUCACCAUCAUUAGCAGACAAGAUGAUCAUAAGACGAGCUGGUCAAACUCUGAGGCUGCCGUCAACCUCUUCAUUGGCAAGCCCGACGAGAUCAAUCUACUCCACUAGCACAAGAAGCCGUACCAACACAAAAGUACAUGCAGCAUCACAGAGGAUACCGUUUGAGAAUGGCAAUGCAUGGUCAAACACGGUAGGAAACACAGCAAUCGCUUUAGCAUCAUUGUUGGCAGCAACAUGUUUGCUCAACACAAACACACACGAGUUGAAACUGGAAGCCAAGCAAAACAAGGAAAGCGGUGCAGCCUCAACAAAGUACAAAAAAGAUGACGUCAGCUUGUUGUGCUUGAUUGGAUACCCGCAAAGUGGGAAGACUACCCAAGUCGAGAAUCUGGAGAAUAAAUGGGGAAAAGAUGGCUGGAAAGCGAUCAAGAAUGUUGACAGUAUGGAGAAACUUGAGAAAGCGAUUGAAGAAGCACGUAAGAACGACAAGGGUAAACAAUCAUCGUUGCUGAUCGAUGGCUUCCCUCGUAAUUGGCAGGAAGCACAAGACGUGGAAAAGAAGCUGUGCGAAAUUUUUGCAUUUGCUUACUUCCACAUGGACGAAGAUGAAUGGACAAAGCGAACGGGAAAAAGCAAAGAUGACUAUAAAAAGAUUGAAAACAAUCUCAAAUCACUUCGCGAGAAUCCACGUGAGAAAGGUAACAUUCUUGAAAUCGUUGCCGGUUGGCCAAAAGAUGAAGUUUGGGAAAUGGUAGAAGCAAAAAUUGAACAAAUUAUUGAGCUUAGGGAGAUGGGAGAAUUGUAAGACCGCAUCAUAACAAAAUUUUACAUAAUCACACGCUGUAUCCUUUGAUCAAAACAUAUAACAUUCUGUCAC